GAUAUUACAGUCGGUAUCGUUUUUUUCCUAUACAAACAAUUGUAGUCGUGCGCAGUUCAUCAAAGCAAAGACAUUGUUUGUUUAGAUAUUCAAAACAGAACAAACUAAUCAAAAUCGUUAUCUAUUUAAGAUAACAAAAAUAGAAUUAAAAAUAUGUCAAAAACUUUUAAACCUGUAAAAGCUGUUUUAUUCGACAUGGACGGCCUAUUGUUGAACACAGAACCAAUUUAUGAGAAAGUUUUUGAAGAGGUUUGUGAGAAGUAUGGAAAAAAGUUGACAUCGGAAGUUCGUGUUAAGCUUCUCGGAUCAACAGAGAAGCGAUCUUGUGAGGUUUGCGUGAAUGAUCUCAAGUUGAAUGUCACUUUAGAUCAAUUUAUUCAAGAUUUUCAAAAACUUUCACAUCAGCGUCUUGCAAAUGUUGAAUUUAUGCCAGGAGCGAAAGCAUUGAUACAACAUUUGCAUGCCAACAAUAUUCCGAUUUGUGUUGCGACGUCGAGUGGCGAUACAAGUGUCACUAUAAAGACAAAGAAUCAUCUUGAAAUCUUUCAACUAUUCCAUCACAUUACUAAAGGUUCAGAUCCAGAACUUAAAGAAGGAAAACCUGCACCGGAUAUUUUCCUUUUAGCUGCCAGUAGAUUUGACUCAAAAUUCAAUCCCAUUGAAUGUCUCGUUCUUGAAGAUUCUCCAAAUGGCGUUCAAGGUGCUGUUUCAGCAAACAUGCAAGUUGUCAUGGUUCCAGCCGAUUACAUAUCAGAAGAAUUGAAGUCAAAGGCAACUCUUGCUAUCAAUUCUCUCGAAUUAUUCCAACCAGAAAUUUUCGGUUUACCCGCGUUUAAAUGACGAUGAUUACAAUGAAAAUUUAUGUACAUCCAUAAUAAAUCAUAAAUGUUUAUUUAUUAAAUAAAGUCACUCUUCUUGUU